UUUGUUGUUGAUGAAAAAGGGGAUUGUUUGGAGAUUGCUUUCAAUGAAGAUUCACUAAUGGUUAUUUGCCAAUUUGCGAGAGGGUUUCCUCAAUUUGAUUGAUCAAGUCUACUGAGGUUUCAUUUCAACUAAGGAAAUGGCUGCCAAGGAGUCACCACGCUUGGAGCAACUCCCUAUUUGGAUUGGCAAUUUCCAAUUUGGAUCAGUGAAUUUUUAAUUUCUAGUAUCAGGUCAGCGAUUCACAGAUACAUUGUUGGAGAUUUGAAAGCGAUAAUUUAUAGUGCAUACUCUGCUAAUGGAUAAGGUUCGAGAUACCAAUAACCUCAACUCUUAGAACGUGAAAGUUAAGCGCAAAACCGACUCUCUUAUGGACACCCCUCCUCAUCCUAGAAGUCAGGCACAUAUAUUCUGGAAGACACUUGUCUUGUUUUGAAGGGGGUUGGAUGCACAUUAUGUAGCUGCAGAAGUACUUCUCGAGAUCUCAGCUAGUCUUACCUUUCUACUAGUGAUAGACACUCCCACUUUGCUCAACCAUCUCCAUUAAGAGACAUAUACAUGGAAGCUUAUAAAAAAGAGGAUAAAAGCAAGAAUCCUAAAAAAGAAGGAGAAGAGCAAGAACGUAACCAAGCAAGAGCAAAUGCAAGGAAUAGCUACAUGGAGGAUUGAAGUAAAAGGAAUAUAUUGAGGACAAGAAGUUCACAAGGGCAAGUCGGAUUGUACAAAUACCACCAUUAAGAGAAAGAAGGUAAUGCCAGAAACUCCAACGUCUUCAAAGAAGAUCUCGAAAUGGUCCAAUGUUACUCGGAGGCAUUCCCAACGUUUACAGAAGCCAGUCUUUCCUAAUUCAAAUGAUGCAGGCACAGAGCCUGUGAUUGAGGAUAUAGAAGUCAGUGAUAGUGAUGAUGAUUCUUCAAAGGCAUUUCAUGAGGCAGACACUCGGUUUGUUGCUUCUGAAGAACAAAUGGAAGAGAAAACGGACACUUUGGUUUCACUUCUCGAAGAUAAAGAAAAGAUCAUAGAAGAAUUGUUGUCCGAUCAACUUUGUAUGCCCUUUUCAUCUGAGAGCAUGACAUCGGUUGAAGUCCAAAAGUUGAUGGAGAAAAAGAAUAAGUUCAAAAGCUUGUAUAUCAAUUGUCAUAGGAAGCUUGACAUUUUAAGACAGGAAAAUGUUGAACUCAGAAAGAAGUUGGAAAAUGCUCUUGGCAAGAUAGAAGGAUUUGACAAGGGAUUUGACAAGGGAUCACAGCAGGUAUUUGCUGAAGCAUUCGAGAAAUUCAAAAAUGAAAUAUUAGCUUCAACAUCAAAAAAGAUCAUUGAAACAGACCGGCACGGAUCAUCUUUGAGUCCAGUGUCAAUGCUUGAAAGUGCAACACUUUCCUUGGUUGACAAUAUCGCUUCAGGGAACACUACUAAGCCCGAAUCUAUGAGUAAGAGGCCUGCAAGAGGCAGCCGAAUGAAGUGAACUGGGAGAGUGAGGUGAUGUAUAUACCAUGUACUUUCCGUAUUCCGGAAACUUUUAUGUGAAGCUGACCUUGUUUUGGCUUAUACAAUCCAAAUUUGACAAGCAUGACGUAACGUAGUUUGAUCUUUUGUUUUUUUAGGGCCUGUUGGAUAAAACAGGAUUUUGGAUAUCAGAAAUUUGAAAAUCAGGAUAUUAGUAAAUAUGGUGUUAUCCUAAUACGUACUUUCUUGUAACUGUUUAGACUGUUUAUAUUUCAGGAUUAUUUACAGGUA